UCUUUAUUUUGUGUUUGCUCCUCCUCAUCGUUAAUAUCAGUUUAAAUCCAAUUUUUAUUAUUUCUCAUUGGUCUCAGGCCGUACAUUUGAAGCAAGCAAGCCAAAAAUAUAAGGCAAUUGGACGCAUUUCGGCCGAUACACACAGCCACCCACACACCCACUCACAUACUAAUGUCGCGCAAUCCGUUUGACGACCACGGCAGCAGCGACCCGUUUGCCGACGACCCCUUUGGCGAUUCGGGCACAGCUUCGGCUUUCCACAGCGCAGGGGCGGGCAGGCAGCUGAUGGCUGACGACGACGAGGACGCGGUCCCGCUCCACUCGAUUCAGGACAGCGACACCAGGGGCGGCCUGUUUUCGACGGGCGGCGGCGGGCGGCACGGCGCGUACUCGCCCAUCGGCGCUGGCGCAGACACGCUCGGCGGAUACAGCGAGCGCAGCGCGUACUCUGACGCCAAGUACGGCGCUGACGACGGCAGCUAUCUCAAGGCAGACGGCGGCGCGCUCGACAGCCGCGACGCCGACUUGAGGCGGCGGGAGGCAGCGCUGGAAGCGCGCGAGCGCGAGCUACGCGAACGCGAGGCGCACGUGCAGGCGCUGGCGUCCGGCACGCGGCCGGCGCUGAACUUUCCGCCGCUCUACCCGAUCAUGUACCAUAACAUCGACGGCGAAGUGCCGAUCGGCGACCGGCGCACAGUGCGCACGCUGUUCUACUCAUGGCUGGCGCUAGAGGCUAUGCUGGUGUUCAACAGCGUGGCGUGCCUGAUCGUCAUGAUCUCGGGCGGCGCCGACGUGUCCAACGCGGGCGCCAGCUUUGGCUCAAGCUUCAUUUACCUGUUCACGAUCACAGCCGGGAGCUUCUUUCUGUGGUACCGGCCGGUGUACAACGCGUACAUGAAGGACUCGAGCAUGUUCUUCUACCUCUUUUUUGUCUUCAACGGCUUCCACAUUCUUUUCGACGCGUACAUGGCUGUGGGCGUGCCGGGCGCCGGGUCGGCCGGCAUGAUUGUCAUGCUGCAGUGCCUGUCGAGCGGCAAGAUCGCUGCCACUGCGCUGUGCGGCAUCUCGUUCUCGCUGUGGGUGCUGCACCUGCUAGCGUCACUGUUCAUGUACAAGAAGGUGCGCUCGCACUACUCUGCGCGCGGCCACACCUUCUCCGAAGCCAAGCAGCAGGCCUACCAGGGCUUCGCCCAGAGCGGCGCUGGCCAGGCCGCCGUCGGCACCGCCGCCAGCGCGUACAUGAGCUCGAACACGAGGAGCUACGUGUAGGGCUCUGCAGCCGCACCCCCGCCCAAUGUGCACAUAUUCGU